AUGCUGAUUAUGUUUUGUAACUGUGCGAUUGCAAUUAAUCCGGUAUUAAUACCCAAAGGGCCAAUGAUUUGUCAGACUCACAAACAGGCUAUGUUAUGGGAAAUGCCUGACAUUCCAAGCUGUCCUACAAUUAACCUUACAGCAAAACAUGAACCGAAAAUUGAGAAAAGACGUAUUUAUAUCCCAAAUAGUAUUGAGUUCUCGACAAAAGCCUGGGCCUGCAGGAAAAUAAAGAAAAAUGCUCGAAAAUAUACAACGAUAACAGGGGUUUCAGUUGAAGAAAAAAUGACUCAUGAAGAAUUAGAAGUUUCGUUUGAAGAGUGUAAUCAAAUGAUAAAACAUCACAGUUGUAGCUUAGGCAUUCUUAAGGAAAAUAAUCAUUUGUGGCAGACUGAAAAUAAAAUUGAUUUAACCCCCAGGAUGUGGUUUCUAGGUUCUUUUUCUUGGAAGAAUAUUUCGAGUGAGAACUGCUUCUUAUUUGAGAGUAGGAUAGAUUCACAUUUUGGCGCUUCAGAAGUUGUAACCCCGCUAGGCAUAGCUCGCGACUGCCCAUAUACAAAGGGUCAUUGUAUAUUAGAGGACAAAACGGUUAUAGUUUGGGAAGUGGACAACCAAAGGAAAUGCAAUUUUAUUCCUAUGAUGGACGCCUGGGGCUUACAUUUGGAAAUGAGACAAUUAUUGAGGAUUGUGGUCAAAAUAUUGUCGUAUCAGAUCAAGGUCUAGGGUCCGUCUUACUUUCGUUCUCUAAUUUAGAGAGGAAUAAGAGAAGUCCUGAAAUUAAGCAUAAGAAAAGGUUUUAUGAUGGAGUAGCAACCUCCUCACAACUAGCAUCUCAACUCACAUAUCUUGAUUCGUCAAUCACCCAGGCCAUAAACUUUGCUUUUUCGCAGUCACUAAGGUCCUUUUGUGA